GAUCCUUAAUCUCCUAUCUCUCUCUCUCUCUCUCUCUCUCUCUCUCUUCCUCCUACUCUCCUUCCUGACUUACUGACACUGCAAGCUUUCUGUUCCUGUAAUUUAGGGCGUCGUAUGAGCCUGGCACCACCAGAUCUUUUCUUCCCCAAUUUCAAUGGCCAGCACUACUACUCACAUUAGCAACGGCGAACACGAACCGCCGACGAAGCCGCCCGCAUUCACCUCCUCAUCUUCCUUCAGGGCUCGCAAGAAGACCAAUUAUUCCGCCGGAAUCUCCCGUGCCGCCUCCGAUGUCGAUGACAUCGUCACUCUCAUGCACGGCUCCGAUCCAGUCCGUGUUGAGCUCAACCGCCUCGAAAAUGACCUCCGAGAUAAAGACAGGGAGUUGGGAGAUGCUGUGGCGGAAAUUAAGUCUUUAAGAAAUUCAGAGCGCCUUAAAGAAAAGGCGGUUGAAGAGUUGACAGAUGAACUUAACAAAGUGGAUGAAAAGCUUAAAGCAACUGAAGCUCUUUUGGAAAGCAAGAAUCUUGAGAUUAAGAAAAUAAAUGAUGAGAAAAAAGCAGCUUUGGCUGCGCAAUUUGCAGCAGAAGCCACACUUCGAAGAGUUCACGCUGCACAGAAAGAUGAUGAAAUGCCACCCAUUGAAGCCAUCAUUGCUCCACUGGAGGCAGAGCUUAAGCUUGCUAGGCAGGAGGUAACCAAGUUGCAGGAUGACAACAGAGCACUUGAUCGGCUUACUAAAUCCAAAGAGGCUGCUCUGCUUGACACCGAGAGAACUGUUCAGAUUGCUUUGGCAAAAGCAUCCUUGGUUGACGAUCUGCAAAACAAAAACCAAGAGCUAAUGAAACAGAUUGAAAUAUGCCAGGAGGAGAACAAGAUACUUGACAAAAUGCACAGACAGAAGGUAGCUGAGGUUGAGAAGCUGACACAAACUGUUCGAGAACUUGAGGAGGCUGUUUUAGCCGGUGGAGCUGCUGCCAAUGCUGUGCGUGAUUACCAGCGGAAAGUGCAGGAGAUGAAUGAGGAGAAAAAACUAUUGGAGCGGGAGGUGGCUCGUGCAAAGGUCUCUGCAAAUCGGGUUGCCACUGUUGUUGCAAAUGACUGGAAAGACUCCAGUGACAAAGUCAUGCCCGUAAAGCAAUGGCUUGAAGAAAGGAAAUUUUUUCAGGGAGAAAUGCAACAGCUUAGAGACAAACUGGCUGUAGCUGAGCGUACUGCAAAGGCAGAAGCACAAUUGAAGGAAAAAUACCAAUUAAGGUUUAAGGUUUUGGAGGAUAAGUUAAAAGCAUCUAAUGGGAAAUCGCGUGCGGCUCCAGAUGCAAAAAUCAUAAGCAACAGGCCUUCAAGGCGUCAGUCUCUUGGUGGAGCUGAGAACAUUUCUAAAUCGUCCUCUAAUGGCUAUCUAUCUAGGACAAAAUCAAACUUACAAUCUGUUUUCAACCGUUCCAACAGUGCCACUGCAAUAUUGAAACAAGCCACAGUUUCAUCUAGAUCGUUUGAUGGUGGUAGUAGAUUGCUAGACAGAGAUAAGCUAAUCCCAGAUGCAACCGGGAAAGACUGCAUGCCUAACAGUGCCAAUGAUCAGACUCGGAUGAAUGAGGUAGUAGGUAGACAUGAGGAGAGCUCAAAUGGAACUUUGGCUGAACAGUCCAGGAGAGAACAUGAAGAUUAUGUUUCUGGAGUACUGUAUGAUAUGUUACAGAAAGAGGUCGUAUCUUUGAGGAAAGCUUGCCAUGAGAAAGAUCAAACCCUCAAAGACAAGGAUGAUGCAAUUGAGAUGUUGGCAAAGAAGGUGGAUACACUUAACAAAGCAAUGGAGGUCGAGGCCAAAAAGAUGCGGAGAGAAGUAGCUGCAAUGGAAAAAGAAGUCUCUUCUAUGCGUGUCACUAAGGAGCAUGAUCAGCGGACACGGCGCUUAAGUGCUCCCCGGGGGGUAGUAAAUAGUUCUCAUACACUUUCUUCAAGAAAUGCGCACAGGUCAUAGGUACAUGGCCAUGACAGAAUCACCACAUCGUGGACGCUUCUGUGAUUCUUCAGCACUGCAGUCACUAGAAUGUAUGGUUUUGUCAUGAUUUUCCUCUCCCGUCUCCGUCUAUUUAAGUUGUCUUGGCCGCCGGGUAGGCAAUUUGUAAAGAACUGACUUCAGGUUUUUCAGGUCAACCUGCCUUGUAUAUUUCUUUUCUACUAAUAUUUCCUGGAAAUACCAACUUUGGAAAAAAGUUUCAAAAGA